AUGUCGAAGUGCUGGAAUACAGAGAGGAACCAAACAGAUAAAAAUCCUUGCCUGCACGGAGCUUACCUUCAGCUAAGGGAGACAGUCAAAAACAAGUCAACACAUCUAAAGAAGCCACUGAUGAAACAGGCUCCCCCUUGGAAAGACCAUCUCGUCUUCCAACCUCUCCAUCCUGCAGAGAGGAAAACCCAAGUUUGGUGUUGGCAGUCAGGUAAUUCAUCAGAUCUGGAAACCACCUCAUCAGCAUCCCCCUGGCCGACUGGAAGCAACCGUGACGUUGUGCUGAACGCACUUGCAGAGUCGUGCUGUGGUCUCUCUGAGCUCAUCACAGCACCUCCCUAUGCAGGAGUUUCAAUUCAAGGAUUUAGCCAAAUUUGGGUGCUAUUUCCCUUGGGGGGGACUUUUCAUCACAAUGAGAAGGAUGUCUUAGGACUCCAGGACAUUGAGAGGGAGGAAGUCUCUACAAGUCAAAGCAGGAAUAUCAGCCUUCUUACACUUGGACAACUCCAAAACUGUGUGAUUGGCAAAUCGACAAUCAUUGGUUUGUUGACUGAACAUCUGUUAGUUGUAAGGCACGGUGUCAUAUGCUUUCCUUGGGGCUUGCCUUCAAGCAGCUAA